UCAGACGGGGCGGGCGCGAGGGGCUGGCCCGGGGCAUCGGGACCAGGUGUCCGCUUCGGGUCUUGCUGCCGUUCUGCAGCCGGGCAAGGCCCAGAAGUCCUGCCACUGCUCUGCCCCAGCCUCCUCCCUACUCCCUGGGGAGAGACUCCGGCUCCCCCCCCCCCCCCCGACCCCUUGUUCCUCCCCUGGCGCCGGCUGGAAGGAACCCAGGCAUCCGCGUUCAGCCUUCGGGGAGCUCAGUGGACGCCGGGGCUGGGGGCUGCGGGCAGGAGAGCCCGAGCAUGCCAGGGGCUGUCCCCGCGAUAGGUCCGCCUGCCUCCCAUUGCCCCUCGCAGCGCGAGGCCGUGUCCGGAAAAUCCCCUCCUCUCUGCACCACGCAGCCGGGACAGAACCCAGGAGUCCGGCUCCGACCACUGAACCCCACUCCCCUUCUGCUGCCGGAAAAAGACAGCGGAGUCCGGAUGGCCUCGCUUGAACCCAUAGACACCCCCACCCCCACUUCCAUAUGGGCAGCUAGAGCUUCCACCCCGCGCCUGGGUUUGCACGCCCCAGUCCCGUUCCGGAGCUAUGGAGAACCCAGGAGUCCGGCCUCCCGAGGAGCUCCUGCCUCCGGGCACGCAGUCAUGCCAGUCCUGAAGAACCUCGCUAAGCUGAAGGUGCCUGUGGGAGGCACUGAGGCCCUGAUCCUGCCCAGCACCAACCCCUUUAUGCCUGGCUCCGAGGAGGAGGAGGCCAACACCAGGCUGCCCAACGGGGAUGUCAGGGAACAGUGGUGCCAGCAGCGCCGGGCCACACUGGAACGGCUGGUGGGACUCUCACCCUUCCGCAAGAAGGGCCCCGAGCGCGGCUCCUUCCUGGGCCGCCUGCUGCUGGGGCCUGAGGCAGAGCCCAGCCUGCGGGUACCCGAGCACCGGAAGCCACGGCGCCGCUCUGAGGACUUCAGCCUGCUGCAGUGCCGCAAGCCCAGCCUUGGCGAGGCUGAGCGGGACAGCCCUGGUGACACCCUCCGGCGCAUGGCCUUCCUCAAGCUGGGCCGUGGUGCCUGGCCCCGCCGUGCCUCGCUGGCCGACCAGCCGCGCCCUGCCAAGGCGCCUGAGCCAGGACCCGUAGCCGAAGAACUGGAGUCGGAGCUGGACUCCGAGCCGGUCGCUGAGGCCAAGGAGCCGCUGUCAGUGCUAGAGAUCCUGGAGCUUAUCCAACGGCGGGACCUGCUGGCGGCCGAUACCCAUAUCCUGGAGCUGGAAGCAGAAUGCGAGCGGGCGGAGGAUGGUGGGCGCCAGGCCAAGGAUGUAGAGCUGCUGUAUGAGGCACUGCUGCGCCAGCUGUGGGCACUGCUGGCUGAGGCGCUGCAGGCACCGGGCCCCUACAUACCCCUGGCGCUGCUGGUGGGCGUCUUGGAGCAGGAGGAGCUGGCUGACCAGCGCUGGCUGGUGGCGCGAGGGUCGGGGGGGCUGCGGCCACGGGCACUGCGGGAGCGCUGGGCCAAAGCAGUGGCACAGGCCGUGGGUGAGCGGCUGGGGCAGUGUGCCAAGGAUGCCCCUGAGGCCCUGCCCGCCCGGCUGGACCGGCUGGCGCAGUGCGCGGUGCGGGACCUGCGGGCUCUGCGCUGCUACCAGUUGGGUGUCUACCCCCCCGCCUACGGCGCCUUCGGCAUCUAUGCCCGCAGCUACCACCACGCCCUGGCCCAGCACCUGGCUGCCCUCGCCCGGCAGCCCCUCAGCAUCGCCGACCUCUACGCCCUCCUUCAAUGGCACUGCAACACCUACCACCAGGUGGUGCUAGGCCAGCCGGACAUUGCCCCCCUGCUCAGUGCCGAGGAGCUGGGGCCCCUCCUGCCCUUGGACACACAGCACAGCCUGGAGGAGGCCUGUCUCUCUGCCGUGGAGGCCAAGAUCAUGGCAGAGCUGGCACGGGAGCUGCAGGCGGAUGAGGAGCAGUGGGGGCGCGAGCCGGGGAGCAAAGACGUCCGGGAGAGCCUGAGCAGCCGUGUGAUUACGGUGCUGCAGACGCACGUGGAUCGAGCUCCCCAGAUCACACCUGAGUUCGGGGCACGGAUGGCAAGGGGCUGCCUGGCCAGUCUGGCCAGCUUCCUGCAGAGCUUCCAGAGGAAGGUGGAGCGGUUCCACGCGGGGCAGGGUGAAGGCAGCCCCCCUGCGGAUGCCUACCUGGAUCGCACCAUUGCCCUAGUCAACUGUUGCCCCCCCUUCAGGGCCUUUGUGGAGCAGCUGGGGUGCUGCGACCCACCUGAGAGCAAGGACACCCGUGGCCAAGCCAGCGCCUGCCUAGACAGGGUGAGCCAGCUCUGCCAGCGGGCCCUGGCCCAGCGCCUGCUUGAGGACCUUAAGCCUUACUUCAACAAGCUGAUGAAGCAUAAAUGGCUGACAAGCUCAGAGGCCUUCGACACCAUCAUCACCCUGUUCCGUGACUAUGCCCAAAGGCUGUGCAGGAUGCGGCCCGAGCCCUACCAGGAGCUGGUGGCUGAGCUGCACCGGCGGGUGCUGGUGGAGUACGUGCGGCCCCUGCUCCAGGUGCGCAUCGUGUGCACCUCAGCCAAGAUGCGUGCCCGCCUGGCCGCCAAACUGAGCGACGAGGCCCGGCAGCUGCAGGACCUCUUCAGCCGCCUGGAGUCCACGGCAUCAUGGCUAAACGCGGCUGUGCCCCACCUGGCUGACAUCGUGGGGCUGGAGGACACGGCGUCUGUGCAGAUGGAGGUUGGGCUGCUAGUGCGGGACUUCCCCGAUGUGCGGAGGAAGCAUGUAGUGGCACUGCUGGAUGUGCGGGGCCUGCGGAGCCCGGCGCUGCGCCAUGAGAUCCUGGCCGUGCUGGAGGACGUGGAGAAGAGUGGGGCCACAGCGCCCCCACCCCGCCGCCAGGCCUUCUUUGCCGAGAUCCCGGCCGCCCGUGCCAGGCCCUGCCUGCGCCUUGCGCCCACCCGCCUCGCUUGCCUGCCCAGCCUGCGCUGGCUGCGGCCCAACGCACCCCACAGCCAGGCCUGAGCCGUGGGCCCCCAGGCUGGGGCUCUGGCUGCGCCUGCCCCAGGCGACCCUGUGGCCCCCAGACCAGUCCCCAGAGCUGGGCAUGGGGGCAUCGAUGAGGCUCCCCCACCCAACCUCAGCCCCGCUGCUGGGUGGGGGGCAUACCUGGGGAGCAGCUUGGAGACCCCUGGUGUGGCCAAGCCUCUUGGCGGGGGGAGGGGGGGUGGUGCGGGCGGGGAGG